UCCCCCCAAAAAACAUUUCAAAACAGAACUGCUCCUGCUUCAGUGGUGGGGUGGCCUCCGAUUCGUUCAUUCAGGAAGAAUCUUGCCAGUAGCAGUUCGUCCAAGCCAAUCCCAGAAUCCCAAAAUGUGGUCCCAGACAAGGUUCCAAGCGAAAAAAAACCAGUUGAAAGUUUCCCAAAAGGUUUCUUUGUGAAGAUCAAUAUGGAUGGAGUUCCUAUUGGAAGGAAAGUUGAUCUUAAAGCUUAUGAUAGCUAUGAAAAACUCUCCUCUUCUGUUGAUGAGCUCUUCAGAGGCCUACUUGCAGCUCAAAGAGAUUCCUCUGCCGGAGGAAUCCAGAACAAGCAUGAGGGAGAGAAAGCAAUUACCGGUUUAUUAGAUGGAAGUGGUGAAUAUACCCUUGUUUAUGAGGAUAAUGAAGGAGACAGGAUGCUUGUUGGGGAUGACCCAUGGCACAUGUUUGUAUCCACUGUAAAAAGGCUCCGCGUGUUGAAAAGCUCUGAGCUCUCAACAUUGCGCUUUGGCAGUAAGCAAGAAAAGAUCCAACUUGAUGCUGCUUCGAAAUGAAUCUGAAGAAUUUUCACUGUUAGUUUGGAGUAGACUUUGGUUUGUCAAUUAUAUUUUCUAUGGCUAGGCCAGGAAGAAAAGUGAGGCAUUUGUAGUUAAAUAUUUCCAGCUAAUUGUUGUAUUUGGGAGGAUGGAUUGACUUGUUUUUCUUCAACUUUUCAAUAUUUUUCUUCUUAUGCAUUUUGU